AGUAGAGGAGACAGAGGAGGAGGAGGAGGAUUAAAAUGGGGAUAGAGCGAAGGGGACAGGAGGAAGAGGAGGAAGACGAGGAGGGAGAGGGAAGGAGAAGAAGAACAUAACGGCGAAAAAAAAAAAGUAAAAUGGUUGGGCGCGUGACGUGGCGCACCGAUGACAGCAGUCAGCAGGAGGAGGACGACCAGGAGUCAGAGGAUGACAAGGAUGAGGAGGAAGACGAGGAGGAGGAGGACAAGGUGCCAGAUGAGGAAUCCGAGGAGGAGGAGACCAUUAUGGCCACUGAGGACAAGGCUAAGGGACCUGCUGAAGGUGGGGAGACGUCUACGAAGCUUGAGCCAGGCAGGGAAGAUCAGAACCCCCUGACUGAGGAAGAGCUCGUGGACGCAGCCCUGAAAGCAGCAGAGAAAGCUGUUGCAGAUGCAGUUCGGGAAGUAGAGAGAUUAAAGAGGGAGAAGGCAGAGGCAACUAGGAGAGGAGAAGCAGCAGCCAGAAGAUCUGAGCUGCUGGACACUAUUGCCAAGGUCCCUGCUGACGCCCACGUGGCUGAUGUCAGGCGAAAGCUUGCAGAAUUGCUAGUGCUGGAAUCCGCUCACAACUGGGAUGUUUUCACAUCCUAGGAUGAACGGAUCUCAGCGGUUGAGUCUCGGCUGUCAUCUAUUGACAGCAAGCUGGAAAAGU